GUCAAAACACAGAAGACGAUAAACAAAAAUGUAUUUUUAGAAAUAAACAAAAAUAGUGUAAUGUGUGAGAAAUGAGAUUACAAGCAUGUCUGGUUGUCCUGUUGAGUGGUGUAUCGUGGUGCAUGCGGCGCGGCCCGCACCACCCCCACGGCCAGAAGCCGGUGGACCACCACCACCACCACUACCGUCCGCGCGGCCACUCGCUCACCGGUGACUCGCAGCUGCUGCACGACGUCAAACAUAUCGAAGAAGACUCCCAGGUGUUAUCAGCGGAGGCGCUGGAGAAGAUGACUCCGGAAGAGCUGGAGUUCCACUACUUCUCCGCGCACGACUUCGACAGGAACUCCAAGUUAGAUGGACUUGAGUUGCUGAAGGCUGUAUAUCAUACGCUGGAGCACGAAGGAGCAGACCCCGAUGCUGAUCAGUCCAUCGAGCCAGAAGCGAACGAUUUAGAAUCUUAUAUUGCUAUGGUGGAUCGAACUCUGGAGUCAGACGACGCAGACAGCGAUGGGUAUGUGUCGUACGCCGAGUACAGGGCCGCCAGACUGGAGAGCAACAGGACACCGAGAGUUGUGGCGACGCGCUCCUAGGUGAGAUCAAACACAUCGGAAUCGUUUCUCGCAGUUCUCGUGCUGUUCGCCGAGCGCGGCCGCAUGCCGGAUGCCGGUGGACACGUCCUCGUACUCCUGAAGGUCUAUACUGUUCCUGUGAGAUAAGAUAUAGUAUUAGUUUUGAAGUGAACCCUGAUGUAGCCGCAACGCAUGCAGCGUGAUUUUAUUAUGUACUAUCAGAGAAGUUAAUUCUUAGGCAGAUGCCGGGCCUAUGUUAUUUGCUCGCGUUAAUGUCUAUUAGCUUUGUUCACACUGUGCCUUUU